AUGGCACCCGGGAUCUCCACACCUGGUGAAGCACAAACCACCACCCAAACAAACGACGAUAGACCUGUGCUAUAUGCAAAAGUGAACCAAGAUGAGCUUCAGGCUAAGACCUCCAGGUACCUCCUCAAUUUUGGAACCAAGUUCAAUAAGGACGUGAUCUGCGCGAGCAAAGGUCUGUAUGUAUAUACAGCCUCGGGUCAUAAGGUUCUUGACUUCACCUCCGGCCAAAUGUCAUGUCUUCUCGGCCAUGGGCACCCAGAGAUUGUGAAAACGAUCACUGACCACGCGGCCUCGCUUGAUCACCUCUUCUCAGGCAUGGUUUCACCACCAGUGAUCAGUCUCGGCGAACGACUUUGCAAUCUGCUCCCAGCCGGCCUCGACAAAGCGUUCUUCCUGUCCACCGGAGGCGAGAGCAACGAAGCCGCCAUCAAGAUGGCCAAAGUAUACACCGGCAAGUUCGAAAUCGUCGGACUGGGCGCCAGCUGGCACGGUGUGACAGCACAAGCACUGGGCGCGCAAUACCACUUCGGCCGCAAAGGCCAAGGACCAUUGAUGCCAGGCAUGCUGAUGCUUCCCCCACCAAACGCAUACCGAUCAAUCUUCCGGCGUCCGGACGGAUCUUACGACUGGGAAGCGGAGAUGGAGUACGGCUGGCGAAUGAUCGACAUGCAGUCGUGCGGCUCGUUGGCGGCCUGCAUUGUGGAAUGUAUCCAGUCCAGCGCAGGAAUGCACGUCCUCCCGCCUGGCUAUCUCCGCGCCUUGAAGCGCGAGUGCGAGAAGCGUGACAUGCUGUUGAUCGUCGAUGAAGCUCAGACUGGUGUUGGGCGGUGUGGAGACCUCAUGGCCAUUGACCACGAGUCGGUUGUCCCCGAUAUCCUUACGCUAAGCAAGACGCUCGGCAACGGGCUCCCGCUCAGUGCGGUGGUUACAAACGCGGAGAUUGAGCGCGUUUGCGCGCAGCGGGACUAUUGUUUUUACACGACCCAUGUCAAUGAUCCACUUCCCGCUGCAGUGGGUGACAAAGUGCUUGAAAUUGUGGUUCGCGAUGGGCUAGUCGCUCACUCCCGUGCGAUGGGACAAAUAUUACACGACAGUCUCAAUACUCUCAAAGAAAAGUAUGGGUGUAUUGGUGAUGUUCGUGGACGUGGGCUUAUGGCCGGUAUCGAGAUUGUUGAGGAGCGCGAAACCAAGACCCCUGCGUUGGCGCUGGGUAAGGCUAUUGGUGAUCGAGCCUAUGAAUUAGGCUUGUGGGCCAAUCUUAGUAGCCAUCCCAGCUUCGGGGGUGCCUUUCGCAUUGCUCCACCGAUCACUAUCACCGAGCAGGAGCUGUUGUGUGGCUUAGAAAUAUUGGAAGAGGCGUUCGCAACGACACCCGGCACGUUGCCAGUGCGGGUUUAA